AUGUUCCUCCCCCACUACCUCCGCACGGUCAAGCCAACACUUACAGCUCCAUGGCGCGCAUAUUCGUCGUUUAAUCGCACAAGUUCCAUCCCUUUCAACUUCUUCUCCGGCUUCGCAGUGGCACACAUGGCGUCCGCGUCCCUUGACACAUCGCCCUUCCCUUCGACAUCAUACAAACCAAAGUAUGAUACCUGGCCGUACGAUGACUCGGACUUCGUUCGCUACGAUGAAAAUGACGAUGGCAUGUUCUACCGCCAAUCGCGAUUAGUUACGCACAUCGAUGAUCCAAGCAUAGCGCGAUUGACGCAGUACUACGACACCGUGUUGCCGAAAACUGGGCGGAUAAUGGAUAUGUGCACGAGCUGGAAGAGCUUUUACCCGUCCUCGGUCAAGGAAGCGAUACAGAAAAAGGACUUGGAGGUCUAUGGUGUGGGGCUCAAUGCGGAGGAGAUGGCGCUGAAUGGCGUGUUCAUGGGACCGGAUCGCUGGCGCGUUAUGGAUCUGAACAAGCCGCCGCACGAUGUACGUGCUGCGUGGGACGGAGGAAAGGAUAUGCAAUUUGAUGCAGUGACGUGCGUGGUUAGUAUCGACUACUUGAAUAAACCACUUGAGGUUUGUCGAAAGCUUCUGGAAGCUACGCAUGAGGGUGGUAUGUAA